CAAACAGCCCCUUAGUCGAUACAUAAUUGGUUGAUAUAGCCAAACGCGGAGUCAAGACAGACAGACAUGUGGGUCCCUCCUCACUAACUGCUGCACUGUCUCUCAUCUCUUUCUUUGUCCGCCUCCUCUCUCUCUCUCUCUCUCUCCUUUGAAGUCCCCGUGGACUGCCUGCCUCUAUAAAUAUGCGAAUCACGUAGUAUAGUAUCUCUAAUUAAUUACUUUUUUUUUUAAUUUUGUUUCUCUCUCUUCCCCCAAAUUCAGUUGACGCCGGCGAUGGGAAAUUGCUGCUCUGACGUCUCCGGCGGCCAGUCGGCGGUCGGAGGCUCCACUUCCAGUUUGGCAGCCAAAGCCGCCAACGAUGCCGUCGAUGCCUUCCUCAAGUCUCGCGGCUACAAUGGACUCUUCUCUCAGAUCGAGCUGUCGCUAUCUGCAGAAAACUUACGAGAUCGAGAUGUGCUCUCCAAGAGUGAUCCCAUGGUGGUUCUUUAUAUGAAAGGAAGUGAUGGUUCGCUUCAGGAGCUUGGUCGCACAGAAGUAGUUUUGAAUUCAUUGAGUCCCAAGUGGAUAAGAAAAUAUAUGGUUACUUAUCAAUUCGAGAUGGUGCAGAAUUUGGUGUUUCGUGUCUAUGAUGUUGACACUCAGUUCCACAAUGUGGAUGUAAAGGUAUUAAAGUUGGAGGAGCAGCAGUUUCUUGGUGAGGCGAGUUGUACAUUAUCAGAGAUUGUCAUGAAAACAAACAGGAUAGUAACCUUAGAUCUUACAUAUGAAGAAUUUUCUGUUCCCGCCCAUAGUCGAAAAUGUGGUCAGCUCACAGUUCAUGCUGAAGAAAGUUUUGCAUCAAAGACUUCAGUAGAGUUGAUAUUGAGAUGCUCAGAUUUGGAGGGCAAAGAUUUAUUCUCAAAGAGCGAUCCUUUUCUGAUAAUAUCAAAAAUCACAGAGAGUGGAAUAUUAGUUCCAAUUUGUAAAACUGAAGUCCUGAAAAACGACCACAGUCCAAAAUGGAAACAAGUUUCCUUGAGCAUUCAGCAAGUAGGAAGCAAGGACAGCCCACUAACUGUCGAGUGUUUUAACUUCAAUAGCAACGGAAAACAUGAUUUACUGGGAAAAGUUCAAAAAUCAUUGGCUGGAUUAGAAAAGCUGCAUUCUGUUGCAACGGGAGAGAAUAUGUUUGUCCCAUUGUCAGUCGGGCAAAAUCACCAAAACAAGGUCUUAAAGAGUCAGUUGUUUGUGGACAAAUAUUCAGAGAACAUCCAGCAUACAUUCCUUGAUUACUUGGCUGGAGGAUAUGAGCUGAAUUUCAUGGUGGCGAUUGAUUUUACGGCUUCAAAUGGUAAUUCCCGCCUACCCGACUCACUGCACUACAUUGAUCCAUCAGGACGGCCAAAUGCAUAUCAGAGAGCAAUUUUAGACGUUGGUGGAGUGCUGCAGUUCUACGAUUAUGACAAAAAGUUCCCUGCUUGGGGUUUUGGAGCGCGCCCAAUCGACGGUCCAGUAUCACAUUGCUUCAACUUAAAUGGCAGCAGUAACUACUGUGAGGUCGAAGGAAUCCAUGGAAUUAUGACGGCAUAUACAAGUGCUCUUCACAAUGUUUCAUUAGCAGGACCCACGUUAUUUGGGCACAUAGUUACAAAUGCUGCACAAAUAGCUAGUGCAUCUGUUGCGAGAAACGAAAGAAAGUAUUUUGUUUUACUGAUUAUCACGGAUGGAGUGAUAACGGACCUCCAGGAAACAAAGGAUGCCUUUGUUAUGGCAUCUGAUCUGCCAUUAUCCAUUCUUAUUGUUGGAGUUGGAGGUGCUGACUUUAAAGAAAUGGAGAUUUUAGAUGCAGAUAAAGGGGAAAGACUCGAAAGUUCAUCUGGACGGGUUGCAUCACGCGAUAUAGUCCAGUUUGUCCCUUUUCGGGAUGUACAGAAUGGAGAGGUCUCUGUUGUUCAAUCGCUUCUAGCAGAGCUACCGUCCCAAUUCUUGACAUACGUUCGAGCUAGAGGUAUCCGUCCAAAUGCUUAAUCGAAUCUACAAAUGUACAUACAGAAUAUUCUCUCUGGUUAUUUUUUGUGCCUAUUGAAAGGUCACGCUUCGUUUUCUUUGGAAACUGAUUGAAAAGAAAUUAUUCCUGUUCAGUAAAACUGUAGCGUAAAGUUCCAUUUUAAUUUUUUCCGGUACGGUUGUUACAUUUUGGUCUAUCGACAUCUCUGAUAUCUUCUUGAGGAAGAAGCAUUUUGCAAUUAGAAAUCAACAAACAAUAUUUUACACA